AUGUCUUUUUACCUACCAAUCUCUUUCCCCCUUUUAAAACCCCAAAUUGGGAAACUUGUUAAGCUUAAAAGUUUAGAUCUUUCUUAUAACUUUAUUAAUGGCAGCAUCCCAAACAGCUUUUCUGAUUUGAGGUCACUCACUUCAUAUAAUUUAGCUCAUAACAAUCUUACUGGUCAAAUCCCAGUUUUCUUGGGUGGUCAACUGAAUCUUGCAGUGUUUAAUGUGUCCUACAACAAUCUAUCCGGUCGUGUCCCGGAUCAACUCUCGUCGAAAUUCGAUCCGAGCGUUUUCAUCGGUAAUCUUGAUCUUUGUGGGUACAGCCAUUCCACCAUGAGCACUGCGUCUCCGGUAGAGAGCCAGAGCCAUCGCAGGAAAACAAAUACGAAAAAUAUCUUGCUCAUUUUAGGUGGAGUUUUGAUAGCAGUGUUUCUGUUAGUUUGUUGUGUACUUUUGUGUUGCUCAUUAAAGAAAGAAGACAAUGUGAAACAAUAG